AUGUCCCGCAUAACGGCCGCGAGGCGCAGCAAAUCGUUCGCGCCAGCGCAUUUCAAUGCCUUCAUCAAGAAGGAGCGUCCAUCGUGGACUGCCCAGUACGCCCUCCCAACGCAAGAUGAGGAGAACCACAGCGUCGACGACACGAACAAGCACCGCAAGAUGGGUAAUCGCGCCACCGAUUUGGCUCGGCUUCGCGAUGAGUCGACCAACCUCCAGGCCCGCAUUGAGCGUUUCAAAGUGGUGGCGCACGAGGCGGCAGCCAAGGCACAGAUGAUCAACUCGGGCGCGCUGACGCUUCGGGCGCGUCACGCACCUUCGAUCUCCGCCAUCACGCGCCCGCCUCCUCGACACCGCGCCUGCUGGCCCUCGUCCGUCUCGUACCGCUGCACCUCGACAUCCGCCCAACGCGCUCGUCGCCAGCUCUCGCCCGUGGUCGCCCCUCCUGCGCCUCCCACGCCCUCACCCCACCCUGCGUCCCUCACAAAGACGGAAAGCAAGCACACACUUAGCUUGGGCGACUUCUUGGCGACCAUCCCGGGCGAGCAUCGAGCCAACACGCUCCGGAAGAGGAAGGCCGCCCCGCCCGCCUCGCCCCCUGCCCGCGGGGAGGAGGAGGAAAGCGUGGCCAAGGAGGAGGCGGAGGCCAUCUUGAGCUCGCCCGUGCUCAAGCGCAGGCUGCAGGACGCGCUUCUGGCGCAGAUCGAGGCCGACAGGGAAACGACCUCGGUCACCAUCUCCAUCACGAUCAGCUCCACCAGCGCAGCCGGGGAGACAGACUCCUCGCGUCCCGAAGAGACAGCGAGCGAGGCCAACGAAGAAGAAGGCGAAGAAGAAGAAGUGGUGGUGGCCGCAGUGGAGGAAGUGGUAGUUUUGGAGAGGAACACGAGGGCACACAAGAGCGUCGACAAGCACGUCGAUGAGGGCAUGCUGAAGCGCAAGGACAUCGUGGUGCGCAAGAAGAAGAAGGCCGACUUACGCGACGAAGAAGAGGAGGAUGAUGAAGAUGAAGAUGAAGCGAAGCGGAAGGGAAAGAAACGGAAGACCGCCUCCUCGUUCCUCGCUUCGAUCAUCCACCCGAAGAAGAAGAUGAAGAAGAGCAAGCGGGCCAGGAAGGAGAGGGAGUGCGUCGCCGACGAAGCGAAGGCAAACGAGAAGAAGGUCAACAUGGCGGCGGCGAUCAUCGAGCAGGAGAAGCACGACCAGCGGGUGGCCUACAUCAAACGGAAGAUCGAGGAGCGCUACGGCGUCGUGCGACGCGAGGCCAAGCGGAGCGGAAAGCGCGUGCGCAUCCAGGAGCCCAAUGCUGCCGUCGUCGCCGUCCCGCAACCGCCAUCGUCGGAGGGCAAGCAGACAGGGGAGGCCAGGGAAAAGGUGGUCUGCAACGAGACGACGUCGGCAGUGGAGGGCGGCGGGAGGCGACGAAGGGCGGUGACGGUGGAGGAGGUGACGAGCGAGAUGGCCAGCGCGAUUGCUGGUGCCCGGCAGCCGCUGAUCAAGCAGCGCGGCGUGAUCCUCCUCGACAAGGAGAAUCUCGGCAACGUGGCUGACGUCGGCGAGACGAAGAAGGAAAUGGUGACGAAGAACAACAAGACCAAGACCGACACCGACACCGACGACACCAAGAAGCGAAAGACGAAGAAGGCCACACGCAACAUCUCUUCGUCGUCCGCUUCGCUGACGUCGUCGUCGGCUUCUGCUUCCUCUUCGGGUUCCGCCAUUCUCGUAUCGUCAGCGGGCGGUCGUGGAGUCGACGUGCCACGCCGUCCCCUCCAGCCCCGCAACUGA